ACCUUAACCGUGGCAGGAGGGGAGCAGGGACAGGGACUGCGGUCAUAAACAAAUACACGCAGUGGAGUCGUUUAGUGUCUUCACGGGCUCUGUUGCAGCGCUUUAGCUGCACUGGCUGACUUUCAGGAAAUCUGACCUUCACUGAUCGGGCUGUCAAGUCAAAACCGGGCUGAAAAAUCCAGGACUUCAUCAGAGAAAAACAGGAUUUUAUCCCCCUCUUCCUCCCUCCCUCCCUCCCUCUCUCCUUCGCCCGUAGUCGGCUUAUGUGACACAUUAACGUCCCAGUAGCGAAACAAGCGAAACAUGACGGAGCUGAGGAAGCGAGGUGGAGGCGGAGGAGACCCUGACAGUACCGAGAAUAUCAGCGACAAGGAGACCGAUGGUGAUGACAGGCUGGGACUUCAAGGUGACACAGAGGGAGAGUGUGAUGGUGACUCAAAAGCAGACACUCCAGAUGUUCCUCUCUCCACAGCAGACACUGACAACACUCCACAAUGCCUGAACAAAGCUCUGGAGGGCCUGCCACCCAGAUGGAAGAACUAUUGGAUACGAGGGGUUCUGUCUUUGGCCAUGAUUUCAGGCUUUUUCCUCAUCAUAUAUAUGGGACCUGUCACUCUUAUAUUAGUGGUCAUGACAGUCCAGAUCAAGUGCUUCCAGGAAAUCAUCACCAUCGGCUACAGAGUUUACCAUUCCUAUGAACUGCCUUGGUUCAGGACACUAAGCUGGUACUUCCUGAUUUGUGUCAACUACUUCUUCUAUGGUGAGACUGUAGCAGAUUACUUUGGGGCUCUGGUGCAGAGGGAAGAACCCCUGCAGUUCCUGGCUCGCUAUCACCGCUUCAUCUCCUUUGCUUUGUACCUCGCAGGUUUCUGCAUGUUUGUGCUGAGUUUAGUGAAGAAACAUUAUCGCCUGCAGUUUUAUAUGUUUGCUUGGACCCAUGUGACCCUGUUGAUUGUGGUAACUCAGUCCCACCUUGUCAUUCAGAACCUGUUUGAAGGAAUGAUCUGGUUCAUUGUCCCGAUCUCCAUUGUGAUCUGUAAUGACAUCAUGGCCUAUCUGUUUGGAUUCUUCUUUGGCAGGACUCCACUGAUCAAGCUGUCUCCCAAGAAGACCUGGGAGGGCUUCAUUGGAGGUUUCUUCUCCACUGUGGUCUUUGGCUUCAUCCUGGCCUACCUCCUGUCUCAGUUCCAGUACUUUGUGUGCCCCGUGGGCUUCAACAGUGAGUCCAAUGGGUUUACAGUUGAAUGUGAGCCUUCUGAUAUCUUUGUGAUGCAGGAGUACACUCUUCCUGCUGUGGUGCAAAACUCCCUGAGAUGGAAAACAGUGAACCUCUACCCCUUCCAGAUCCACAGCAUCUUCCUCUCAUCGUUUGCAUCUCUCAUUGGGCCUUUCGGGGGCUUCUUUGCCAGCGGCUUCAAGCGAGCCUUCAAAAUCAAAGACUUUGCCAGCACCAUCCCUGGCCAUGGUGGCAUCAUGGAUCGCUUCGACUGUCAGUACCUGAUGGCCACCUUCACACACGUCUACAUAGCCAGCUUCAUCAGAGGGCCGAAUCCAAGCAAGGUGCUACAGCAGCUGAUGAUGCUUCAGCCUGAGCAGCAGCUCAGCAUUUUCCACACACUGCACUCCCACCUGAGAGAGAGGGACAUACUGCCUCCUGCUGCUGACCGGGCUGAAUGAAAGAUGCCAACUUCACAGGGUGAUGACUAGAAAGUGUGUGUGAUGUUUUGGAAAGUUUAUGUAAGCAUGUACUUACAUACACUCUUAAGUAGGCGUCUCGCAGAGCUUCCAUCAUCAUCCUGCUGGUUCUUCAUUCGACUUCCUACCAGCUCCAAAUCAUGACUUUGAAACUGAAGUGACUCUCCAGACUACGUGGAAUAACCUUGUAGUGAAAAAAAACAAAACAAAACAAAAAAAACACAAUACCAACGACAACAACAACAAAUAAAAUAAGCAGCUUUAUUGCUUUCCACUUGGACGUGCACAUAAACAACAUGCUUGAUGAGCAAACAGGCAGCCCCCAUCCUAAAAACUUAUAGACUGAAGAUAAAAUGUCUCAUUGAACAAAACGGACUCUAAAGCGCACGGCUCUCUCAGUGCAGGAGGACGGCGGUGUGCAGUUUCCCCUGUGGACGGCAAAUAUUGCACUGACUUUAGCUGAACAGACACAUUUAAGAAGCUUUUACCAGCAUAAACUGGGCCCAAAGCGUUGGGCACAUGGACCUGUGAACUACAGCAAACAGACUGUUGACUUGUCUUCCUUUGGUUUGGUUGUGGGGGGACAAAAUGAUGCAGCAGGGUUGUCAAACUUACUCUAGACACUGUUUUAUAGACUGUGCUCUGUUUAAUGACCCUAACCUCACAGCAUAACUAAACAUGUAGCAUGUACACAAGUCCUGUUACGGGCUUCUGCUUAACUAAGCCAUGUUUGUUCUCCUCUUCCACAGUGUGAACUUUUAGCUUUUAGUUGUAUGUCUAAAUCUAAAUAACCUGCACAAUUAAAGUCAAUAAAGAUUGACUGUAGGCAUGUUAACACAGAAACUAGAGCAUCAACACUCAAGUUAAUGUAUUGUACAUAAAUAUACUGGAAAUAUUUAACUGAACAAAUACCUAAUAAAUACUAUAUUUAAUUGUGUGAUCUACAGGGAUGAAAGUAAAACACUUUUAAGCUUUGAGAAAAGAUAUGCAAAAAAGAUAUUUAACUCAUUUGUAGCUUUUAGCAUGAAUAAAUUAGAUUUUUAUCAGGUAGGGACAUAGGUGUGAUCUGAGGUUUCAGCUUUAGAGGGUGUGCUGGGAUUAGAGAUUGUGAAUGAAUUUGGGGAAUAGUUCCACAUCUGUAAAACAUGCUUAUUAUUAUUGAGAUUUAAGAUUAGAAGAUCAAUACCACUCUGAUUCAUUUUAUUUAUGCACAUGUGUGGAGUCGGAGCUGGGAGGCGUGCAACAUUGAGACUGGAAGGAGAAGAAAACAGUUAGCCCAAGUCCCACCCACCUUCACUUGUUGAACUAGCUUCGUGUUGUUGGCGAACAGAAGUUGCCUUCAGUAACUUUCCAUAGUAGUCACAACAACCGGAAACACACAACAGCAAACAAUUUGUGCACAUGUUGAAGAGCAGUAUAUAAUUCUACAAAGCAGCUAUACACAUACUACAUUAGACAAUAAAUAAUCACAGUUUUAAUGUUCUAGUGUGGUAUUCCCAUACUUUCUGACCUUUGGUGCUACAAUCCCAUCUGAUGCUCAGUGUGGAGCUGAUGUGGGGUCCAAUUUUCAUUAAAUUGAACUUUGGCUGUAAAAAAAAAACAACAACAUACUUGUUUAGUUGUAACUUACUAUAACUUUGAAGAAACCUGAUGAAGCUGUGUCCCCCCCCCUCCGCUUCCAGUCUUAACACUAAGCUAGGCUAGUCACCUCAACUCCUAACAAUAGAAGCUGUAAUCAACACACAUCUAAUUCUGAGAAAGAUGGCAAAUAUGUGUAUUUCCAAAAUGGUUUACGUUCUUUUAAAUAAAGUCUCUGAUUCCUUUAUCGAUAUAAGCAAUGAUUUUAGUUGCACUGUAGCCGUAUGAGUGGAGGGGGUCAAUGCACCAGACCACUCCAAAGGUUCGCACAUCCUUGGACUCAAUGUUUGUUAAACUGUUAUGCAUUAAAUUAUUGUAAGAUUAAGUUUUGAAUGUAGUUUGCAACAUAAGAUGUCGUCAUUGAUGACAAAUGCCUUGAGUGGAGCCUCUAUACAGUAUGUGUAUACAUACAGUACAUUCUGUACUGCAUAUAUGCAUAUUUUGAAGUAUAUAACAUUUUAGCCUCUGGGCGGUGGCUUUGUUAGCAAUAUUUUCAUUACAUGCAAAUUACAGUUGCAGUGAUUCCUUUGAAUAAGGUUUGGAUAAUUUAAUUCUACAGGAAAUCUGUGGCAUUAAUGAUCAGUCACAUGCUCACCAAUGUGAUAAGUCAGACACUGCAUUAUACGCAUGUUACAAAGAUGCAUUUGUGGCUGAUGGAGCCGAUGACAUUUUCUGAUUGAGUCCAGAUCUUCUCAGAGAGAAAUGUUUACCAAAGCACUGUCUGAUUAACACUGAUUUCCUCCUUUUAUUGGACCCGGGUCCAAACGAGUGUCUCCUUCCUGUUCCGACACCCUCUCUUUGUUCUGACAAUUGGCAAAAUGAGGAGAGAGUUUGGAACUGGGCCCAGAGUGCUUACGUUUGCAUCUGCAGCCUGUGCAAUGUGUAUCAUAUUGUGCUGUUCACUUCCUCCAGUUGUUGGACGACUUGGCUGUUUAAAUUUAUUUGUCCACUUUGUUCUGUUCAUAUUCACUUCAUAGAAGUGCAUUUUAGUGUGUUUUCCCCCUUUGAGGUGAAUUGGGUUGCUGGGUGGAUUUUGGGACCAGCUGUGUUGUACUUUAUAAAUUUAUAACAAAACCCUCUUACUGCUGAAACACACUACUGCUUCAUAGCCUGUAGCUUUAUCUCUGUCCAGCUUACAUACUGAACAAGAUGAAGCAGAGCACGCAGACAUGUGGGCAGUGUUCUGACUUUGGCAGUUUAACCAAAAAUCAACUCAAAAAGCAGAUGGUUUUUAAACGCUAUUUUACAUGGAGUCAGGAAUGUGCCACGGGAGUGAUUUAGAAAAAUACUGUCAGAUAAUUUAUGAAAAACACAAAGACAGUUGUUAGAAUAGUUGCUGAUGUUUUCUGUCGAUCAACUAAUCAAUUAAUUGACUUAAAGCAUCCACACAGAAUAACAUUAUUUUUUUGCAAAUCCAUUUAAAAGAUGAAGUCAAAGAUGAAGACAGUGAUGAAGUUGAAGUAUUAAUUGGCAAAAAAUUGUUUUUGUCCACACCAUCAAUCUAACUUUGUCACUUAAAUACAUAAAUUAUUCUAUUUAAGAAGUGUACCAUUGCGUUGGUACACUCAAGGCUCAGAUUAAAUUGUUUUGUGGACUAAUUUAUAUUAGCUAUGAAGGUAGAACACUUGUGGCAAAUGAACAUAAAGGCAGGAAAGAAAAAGGUACCAGUAGCUUUAGUAGCCCAGAUGUCGGGUAAUGAUGCACUGCAGAUGUUUGGUUGCUUAUCUUUUUAAUUUAUCACUUUAUGUAUAUUUUGUGUGAUUUGCUUUGAACAGAAAUGUUUUCUAAUGGAAAUCUAGCUUCUGGAGUGGUUAAGAUUAAAAAUUAUAUUGAGGAAGAAUGCUAUUAAUAUAUGGGCAAUACAAAGUAAUGUAUACACCAACUGUUGAUAUCUUGUUAGGGAUAUUGUGAAGCUGUUUACUGUAUGGAGGUGAAUUAAAGUUGUUUUUUUUUCUUUAAAA